AGCAGAAAAUUUUGCGCUGUUGAUUUACUCUCUUGUCACGCAUGCGCAGUACAACUUUUCCAAACCAAAAUGUCGGAUGAAGAUGAUUUUAUGGUUGACGAUGGGGAUGAAGAAUAUGACUUGGAGUAUUCUGAAGACAGUAAUUCUGAACCAGAUGUUGAUUUGGAGAACCAGUACUAUAACAGCAAGGCAUCUAAAGAGGAUGACCCAAAGGCAGCUUUAGAGAGCUUUCAAAAGGUGCUUGACUUGGAAGGAACGGAGAAAGGAGAGUGGGGAUUCAAAGCUCUCAAACAAAUGAUAAAAAUAAACUUCAAACUGAACAACUACACAGAGAUGAUGAAUCGCUACAAGCAGUUACUUCUCUAUAUUAAAUCUGCAGUGACUAGAAACUACUCAGAAAAGUCAAUCAAUUCCAUCCUAGAUUAUAUAUCAACCUCAAAACAGAUGACUUUACUCCAGAACUUUUACGAAACCACAUUAGAAGCACUGAGAGAAGCGAAGAAUGAUAGACUCUGGUUUAAAACCAACACAAAGUUAGGCAAGCUCUACUUUGAUAGAGAGGAGUAUAUGAAACUACAGAAGAUUCUGAAACAGUUACAUCAGUCAUGUCAGACCCAGGAUGGAGAAGAUGACUUGAAAAAAGGAACCCAGCUGCUAGAAAUAUAUGCAUUAGAAAUACAGAUGUACACAGAACAGAAAAACAACAAAAAAUUAAAGACUUUAUAUGAGCAGUCUUUGCACAUUAAAUCUGCAAUUCCACAUCCACUAAUCAUGGGCGUGAUUCGAGAGUGUGGCGGCAAAAUGCACCUCCGAGAAGGAGAAUAUGAAAAAGCACAUACAGACUUCUUUGAAGCUUUCAAAAAUUAUGAUGAAUCAGGCAGUCCUAGGCGGACAACUUGUCUGAAGUACCUUGUCUUAGCUAACAUGUUAAUGAAGUCUGGCAUCAACCCAUUUGACUCUCAGGAGGCAAAACCUUACAAAAAUGACCCUGAAAUUCUAGCAAUGACUAACUUAGUAAGCGCCUACCAAAAUAACGAUAUCAACGAAUUUGAAAAAAUAUUAAAAACAAAUAGGAAAAAUAUAAUGGAAGACCCGUUCAUUCGGGAACACAUAGAGGAUUUGUUACGAAACAUCCGAACCCAAGUGCUUAUAAAGCUUAUAAAACCUUAUACCAGAAUACAUAUUCCAUUUAUAUCUAAGGAGCUUAAUAUAGAUGUCACUGAGGUAGAAAGCCUGUUGGUGUCUUGCAUUUUAGACAAUACAAUCCAUGGGAGGAUAGACCAGGUGAAUCAAGUACUAGAACUAGCUAGAGAGACUCAGGGUAUUGCACGUUAUAGUGCUUUAGAUAAAUGGACAGCUCAAAUACACUCUGUACACCAAGCUAUAAUUAACAAGAUUGCGUGACCCUAGCAUGUGUGUACGUUAUAAGGAGAGUUAAAAAAGAGUGACACCAGAGCUAAAAUAGUGCACACUAAGAUGAAAUAGUGUGACAACCUGUACUGUCUUGGAAGUGUCACUGAAGAUCAUGGAAGAAAGUGAUACAAUGUAUAUAUCCCUGGAGAAGGAUUCAUUCUUCUCACACAAAUCAUAGCUGAUAAAUGAACAUGUCUUGACUUGAUUUCUUGACCUAAUAUUUUGACCCAAUGUCUGUAUACCCCAACAAAAUAUGAUUUUCAAAUUAUUUUCAGCGUCAUUGUUGAAUACAGAAUAACUGUGAAUCUGCUUAUUUGAUAUAAAGAGAUAUUUACCAUAUAGGGUCAGACUAGAA